AUGGCUGCUGUCCUUCCGCACCUGCCUCGACCCUCCGGCACGAACGAAGAGCCAGAACCAACAGAGUACAGAAGCUACUAUAGUGGAAGAGGGGUUCAGGACAUAUCCAGCGUUGACAAGGACUAUGACAAUGCUCAACCACCGGCACUAGGCCGCCGGAGACCGCAUCUGCUAGAGCAGGUUCAAAGCAUGGGAGAGCGUGCUGGCUUUGACGAGGAUAAUGAAAACAGGCAUAUGGAAUGGGCAAAAGAACACGACCCAGCGAUUGCACAUUCGGAUGGACUUGGAAGCGCUAGGACGCGUAGUCGUGAGAUCACCGACGGGUCAGGCUCUUCUAAUCAACCUGAAAAGGCCAGGUUGGGAUCCAGAAGAGAUGAGUCCGGAAGCCAGACGGAUUCAUCGUUCGAGAAUCACGCACGAGAAUCCAAGGGGAAAGAAAAAGUAUCGAAACUGUCGCCCGCGAAGAUAUACGACUUGAGAUCAUCACCGUUGGUGCUCCCACCGCUCGACUCUUCUGAGGAUCUCAGCGAUGCUUGCAGUCCAACCCUCGAGCGCACACCGAAGGGUAGAGGACGGUGGACUAUAUCGGAGGGGGGAGAAAUACCGAAGGGCGAGAAAAGCAGAACGAGAGACAGAAGCCAGUCUAUCAGCAUUGUUGGUACUCCUUCGGCAACAGCAGAAGAGAGCCGGGACACUUCCUUAUUCUUCUCGGAGAGAGACUCGCACUAUACUUCAAGGCCGGGUCAGACUGCUCGCACUGUUUCCACGCCAUUGUCGAAGAGGAGAUCAUCUUCCUCAAAGGCCAAUGGGUCCGCAAAAGCCCCUCUUUCGUCAUCUACAAAGCAGCCCAAGGCUAUCAUUACGCCCUUGCGUUUCGAAGACACGAAGUCAGGUGGUAAGGUCGCUGUUAUUGAAGAGCCACAGCCUUCGCCGAUGCCCCAAUCUAUACCUGUUCCACCUCUUUCACUGCCUACAUACCUCCAGCUCGAGCUCUCUUCUCAGCGACCUUCACCUUCGUACAUCCAUCGCUCUAUCACUAGCGACUUCCCUUACGAGUCAUACCAGAUAAAAAUUGAACGCCUGCUGAAUUUUUUACUCCUACCUCCUCAACUAGAGCAAGUGUUAUGGUUCGGUGCACUUGCUUGUCUCGAUGCGUGGCUAUUCUCCUUUACAAUCCUGCCUUUACGGUUUCUGAAGGCUUUGUCGAUCCUUGGUCGUUCUUGGGGAGAGAACCUUGUUAUGGAGGUCAGAUUCGUUGGUGCUUUCAUUUACGCUGGCACAGGCAGAAUGUGGCGUAGGCGACGGCGACGAGAAAGCAUCGAUGGGUCUGCAGCCCCGAAAUCUACGUCUACUGCCAAAAGUCCUGCAGACUGCACACCCACGCUCAAGGCUGAAAUAGAAGAGGCCUCGAAUGCUACACCGUCGACCCCGGACCUGUAUCGAAAAUUUCGACGUGCUUCUGGCCAAAGACACCGGAAAGCAAAAUUUGUUCCUUCUGCUUUACAACCCGAUCAUAAAGCGGACAUCUUGAAGGGUCUCUUGAUCAUGAUUAGCUGCACCAUUCUCAUGUUUUUUGAUGCCAGUCGGAUGUAUCACGGUAUCCGAGGACAAGCUGCGAUCAAGCUCUACGUCAUCUACAAUGUGCUCGAAGUCUGCGACCGAUUGUUCUCUGCACUUGGUCAGGACAUUCUCGAGUGUCUUUUCUCAAAGGAGUCGCUUGAGCGCAAACCUGACGGUCGUAGUAAGGUCCUGAGACCGUUCUGGCUGUUUAUCUUGGCCCUCUGCUACAACCUGGUCCACGCGACAGCUUUGUUCUAUCAGGUCAUCACGCUGAAUGUGGCAGUCAAUUCUUACUCGAACGCUCUACUGACUCUUUUGAUGUCAAAUCAAUUCGUCGAGAUUAAGUCUACAGUGUUCAAGAGAUUUGAAAAGGAGAAUCUGUUUCAGCUGACAUGCGCGGAUGUAGUCGAACGCUUCCAGUUGUGGUUAAUGCUCAUAAUUAUUGCAUCUCGAAACAUCAUUGAGACAGGAGGCCUGAGCGUUGGGACCGGAGGAUCCGCCACGUCCUCUGCUUCUGCUAUCGGAGGAUCUGGCAUCCUGCCCAAGAGCUUUACCAUGUUCCCUGAAUGGACUGGCCAGGUUAUGGGUCCCUUCUUCCUCGUACUCGGCAGCGAAAUGCUCGUCGACUGGGUCAAGCAUGCCUAUAUUACCAAGUUCAACAACACCAAGCCAGCCAUCUAUGGCCGAUUCCUGGACGUCUUAGCCAAAGAUUACUAUUCCAAUGCCUUUGCAGACCAGAACCUCACCCGCCGUCUUGGCCUCCCGGUAAUUCCUCUUGCCUGCCUCUUCAUCCGCGCCUCAGUCCAAACCUACCAUAUGUUCCUCGCAACUCACAUGCCACUUCCGCUACCUUCGACUGCCACCUCCCUUUCGGUUGACAAUGCAACCGCUUCUCCAGCGACGACAGCAGCGCUACAGCACAUUGACCAGCUUUUCAGACGCGCCUUGGGUCGCUCUACGUUCGGCGUUGGUGAUCCUACGCUCGCGCCCGAACAUAGCAAGACUUGGAGCACAGAUGACAUAAUCGCGUUCAUAACUAUGCUUGUCUUCUUCCUCGUCCUGUUUCUUGCCCUUUUGGCUUUCAAGCUCGUACUCGGCAUGUGCUUGCUCUCCUUCGCACGUCGACGCUAUAAAGGCAUGAAAGAAAGGGAGAACACUUCCACGCACGCGGAUGGUAGACGAUUCGGAGGCUGGGGUGUUGUGGAAGUUGAUGAAGAUAAAAGACGGUGGAUAUACAAGGAUGAUCCUGAUGGUGCGAAGAAAUUGCGGGAGAGAGAGAGGGAUGCACGAGAGAGGAAAGGGGGGGAAGAAUCUUUUGGGAGCGUGACUCGGUAUAGUAUGGCUGCUAAGAGGAUUUGGUGA